GGGGCGGCCGCCAUCUUAUGCGUUUAAUUGGUUCCGGCUCUGGGUUGGCUGUUGGUUGAUCCCUUCGGGUUUCCUUAGUGAAAGAGCUGGCCGCCUAGGUAUGCCGAGAAACCUGCGAAUUAGUGGGGACAAAAGGCAACAACUGAAAACGUUACCAGCGUAAUUAAGAGCAGACUAUAAAUAAAGGAUCAUUGAGACAGCGCCCUUUUUUCAAUUGAGUGUCAUUGCCCGCCCGGAUGAAUCCUUUCUGUAGUAAGUGUGGGACAUUUGCCUACUACAUGCCAAGUCCAAGAAGUCGCAGUCUCUUUCAGCCUUGUAACGCACAGGAAUCGCUGGAUGGGGAUGACAAGGAGCUAGAGAGCAGCGAAGAGGGUGGCUCCGCCGAAGAGCGGAGACUCGAGCCGCCGCCCAGCAGCCACUACUGUCUCUACAGCUACCGCGGAAGCAGAUUGGCACAGCAGCGAGGGGACAGUGGUGAUGAUGGAAGCCCAAGUGGCACAAAUGCAGAAACUCCCAGUGGUGAUGAUUUCAGCCUCUCUUUGGCGGAGACUAAUCUACCAUCUGAAGUGGAGCCAGAGCUGCGCAGUUUCAUUGCUAAGCGUCUUUCUAAGGGAGCAGUCUUUGAAGGGCUGGGUAAUGUUGCAUCUGUGGAGCUGAGAAUUCCAGGUUAUCGGGUCGGUUGUUAUUACUGCCUUUUUCAACAAGAAAAACUGCUCCCUGAAACAGCAACAAUGGACUCUGAACACAAUCUUUCAGAGUAUGUGGUCUGUUUUUUAGGAGGGUCUGAAAAAGGACUUGAGCUUUUCAGGCUUGAAUUGGACAAGUACAUUCAAGGGCUGAAAAAUAACAUGAACUGUGAGGAAAGGGGCCUGGAGAACCACAUCAAGUCCUACCUGAGCAGCUGGUUUGAGGAUGUCAUAUGCCCAAUCCAGCGGGUAGUUCUUCUCUUUCAGGAGAAGCUCACCUUUCUGCUACAUGCUGCUCUGAGUUAUACUCCUGUUGAGGUUAAAGAAUCAGAUGAAAAAACAAAGAGAGACAUUAACAGGUUUCUGAGUGUGGCUAGUCUCCAAGGCCUUAUUCACGAGGGCACCAUGACAUCUUUGUGCAUGGCCAUGACGGAGGAGCAGCAUAAGUCUGUGGUCAUCGAUUGCAGUAGCUCCCAGCCUCAAUUCUACAAUGCAGGAAGCAACCGGUUUUGUGAGGAUUGGAUGCAGGCUUUUUUGAAUGGUGCUGAAGGAGGUAACCCUUUUCUUUUUCGACAAGUACUGGAGAACUUUAAACUAAAGGCGAUACAAGACACAAAUAAUUUGAAGAGAUUUAUCCGACAGGCAGAAAUGAAUCAUUAUGCUUUGUUUAAAUGUUACAUGUUCCUAAAGAACUGUGGUAGUGGAGAUAUCCUUUUGAAGAUUGUUAAAGUGGAACAUGAAGAAAUGCCUGAAGCCAAAAAUGUGGUAGCCGUCCUUGAAGAAUUUAUGAAAGAAGCUCUUGCGCAAAGUUUUUGAUCAUAGGUUUUGAGAUAACUGUAUUGUGAAGUUGUAUAUUCCAGUAUUGGUGUUUGAAAUUGCAGUAAUUAUAAUUGUCAUAGGAUUGCUGUUUAAGAUUUGAAAUGCAUUCUAGAUUUUUUCAUUUUGUACUUUUAAAAUUUAACUGAAUUAGACAUGAAAAUCUGAGGAAUGUCUUCUCUGCGUCUUAGAUAAAUGUGUGUUAACGAGUUGUGGAAUUUUAGUACAUUGCUGGUCCCAUAAAUUCUGGACUUCAGGGAGUUGUUGCUGAAAAACUUCCAAGGUGAUUUAGUGGCUUCUCUCAGGAGUCUGCUGCAGUAUUUAGCAAUCUUCUCAGAAAAAUCAUAACACUUCUUUUUCAAUGUACUAUAGCUUCUUUUCGAAAAAAUGUACUCUUAGUCUUAGGACAGAUUAGCACCAUGACACCAUUUCAAAGACAGAUCUGUGCAUCCUGUGGGUGCUUGAUAGAUUUUUCUUGUCUGAUUGAUAAUGGCAUGGAUGAUGAAGCCAGCUUUUAAGUCAAUAUACAGAUAAAUCAUGAGUGUGUAAGAAAUUAAAUGAGCUUUAAAAAACAGAUGCACUCACUUCAAGAUAAACAUUCUCUCUGAUGGAAAGCUACUGGGGAAGUGGCCCUCAUCACUUUUUUUCAUUCAUUUGUUCAUAGGUAUUAGCCAAGAGCCUGUAUUUUUUUGUUUUGUAUAAAAAUGCUAAGUUUGUAAACAGAAUGUUAAAAAUGAAACAAAGUACAUACAUUUUACAAGCUGUAACAUAAAGAAUACUAACAGAUUCUUCAUAUCAGAGUUACUCAUUGAUGUUAGUUUUUUGUACUUUCUUACAAGCUUCAUGUUUUACUCUGAAUCAGUUGAAAGUGCCCACAGCUAGAGCCAUUUAUAAUUCCCAUGGAAACCAACUGUAGCUACACACACGAUUGCAGUUUGUUCUGCAUAACUUUUUUUUUUUUUUUUACUGAGC